UAAAGUCGCCAGUCCUCGUCUAUCUUCUUACAUGAGUUUCGCCAGUGGUCCCCAGCCCUGCAAGAAAAGACCACAGGAUGGAUAAAGGAUGGGUUAAAGAAGAGGGGGCAUGAAGGACUGGGUGGGGUAAAGGAAGGUCGAUAAUGAAGGAUGGAGGGGGUAAAAAAGAAGGGGCCACCCUGCAAGAAAGGAUCAGAGGGAGGAUAAGGUGAAGAAGGGGGAAUGAAGAGGGGGCAUGAAGGAUGGGUGAGGUAAGGAAGGUAAAUAAUGAAGGAUGGAUGAGGUCAAAAAAGAAGGGGCUACCAGGCAAGAAAGGACUAAAGGAUGGAUGAGGUGAAAAAGAGGGGGGAAUGAAGGACGGGGUAAAGAAGAGGGGGCAUGAAGGAUGGGUGGAGGAUGGAUGACGUAAAAGGAAGGGGGGCUUGCGACUACCCAGACGGAUGGGGUACAAGGAUGUGUCAAUCAAUCAAGUGGGGUAUGCUAUAUGCAGCAAAAAGGAAAAGACAGUGGAGGGUAGGAAAAAAACAAAACAAACAAAAAGGCAUGUGGUGUCAUUAUGUCAGUUCGUUCUGCCAUGGUCGUCAUGAAUGGCUUGAUGGAAAGGGAGGGGCAUAUAUGGUGAGUGUGGAGGGAGAUAAAGACAGACCCCAAUCGAUUCUGCAGACUGGAAUCGAGAGUAGUUCUAGAAGACGCGGGUUACCUCCGAUAACAAGGAGAAGCCUCCACGAUAUAAAGGUGAGGACUCCAUUGUCUUCCUCUUUCCACCGAGAGAAAGGUCUCCUCCCAUUUCUGUCGCCGCCACCAGGUUAGUGAGGGAGGAAGAGGGGGCAUUUGUGACAUGCUACCGGUUUGGUGGCGGAAGGCCUGUUUAUGAAUAUGGUAAUUAUUACAGGUUUGUAGCCCUUGCCAACUGCCUCACACGUAUGGAAGUGGAUGAUCAUCAAUUCCGUCGUCGACUCUUUGCCGGAAAACGGAGCAUGUUUCAUAGUGUGCUGCUGGACAGUCGUUACAGACAGAGCUUUGAAAACACAAACAGGAGCGUUUGGUCAAGAACAGUGCAGUGUUCACUUCCUGAGCCAGAAAGAAACCAGUGGACGAGACCGGGUAGGCGUUAUGGCAAAAAGAAUAGGGAAAAUGACAGCCCAGAGCUGUGGGAAGUUGGAACGCGCGAUGGGUGCCCUCUGUAUCGACGGGAGGAACCAAGAGGGGUGGGUAGGGGUUAGUAAGAGAAGGGGGGCUAUCUACGUUUCUGACCUUCGUGUCUGAUGUCUGAUCUCCGUGUCUGACGUCUGAUCUCCGUGUCUGACAUCUUUUAGAACUUAGCGUGCAAACCGAUCUGUAAAUGACGAGCAAAUCUAUAACAGCAGUCUCCUGUUCAAGUCAUUUGGACAAGCAGGUCAACACCACGUUAAGGGCAACGAUCCCCGUGGCACGGGACAUGGACAAGGCUAGGCUGGGCUUAGCAUGGGUCUCCACCCUCAUGCUAUGCCGAAUCUAUGUUGAAAGUAUGCCGAAGCUAUGCCAAAUCUAUGCCGAAGCUAUGUUGAAACUAUGCCGAAGCUAUGUCGAAAGACUCAAAACUAUGCCGAAGCUAUGCCAAANCAAAACUAUGCCGAAGCUAUGCCAAAUCUAUGCCGAAGCUAUGUUGAAACUAUGCCGAAGCUAUGUCGAAAGACUCAAAACUAUGCCGAAGCUAUUUCCAAACUAUUAAGCUAUGCCGAAGCUAUGUCGAAACUAUGCGAAAGCUAUUUCGAAACUACGCUGAAGCUGUGCCGAAGCUAUGUCGAAGUUAUGCUGAAGCUGUGCCGAAGCUAUGUGGGAGUGGUUAGCGUGGGUCACCCACUCACCCUCUAGCUAUGGCAAAGCGUCGUGCAGGUGGGGUGGUGCCAUUUGAAUUUGUUGUUGUGAUUUCUCUUGGAAACGAUUGUUGUCACAGCGUCAUGUAUAUCCAAUAGUCCUCAUGCAUCCACUCUCACUGCACUCCUCCUCUUGAGUGAAAGCACAGGAAUUUGGAAGCUCAGCCAAAGGGAGUGAAUAUGCCUGCCUCGGGCGGAAGUCACAGGACGACUUUCGUGCAUGUAUCUGAUGGCAAUUUCCAAUUGAUCCUGUCUGUAUCUGGCCGUAAUUAUGUCCGUAGAGAAGUUGAAAAAGAGUUUUCCCGCGAGUAUGCCUUCUCAGUAUGCGACUUUUUCCAUUUGCCUCCAUUGGGGAAAUCAUAGUUGCUGUGUAGAAGAAGGGUGUAGAAAGUUGGAGAACACAUCUGAGUCUGUACGCGAGCUCUUUCUUGUCCAUCAAGGGAAAAAAAAACUCGUUAGCUUGUGGUGGGAAGAACCAUAACGUUUGAGUUUGAUGUACCUGCCUGUAGUUGUCGGUAGGUACAGGAGGAGACUGCUGUGAUCGUCAUUGUGUUCGCAUUGAAGAAAUGCGGCAAAGUCCUGGAAUCAUUGUUGCACUGGGGACACUGAAAAGGAAGAAGGUUGUUUGAGGAUGGAAUCGUGGAACCCAACCCUUGCUUGUUAGUUUGAUGCCAGAGAAUUUC